UUCUUAAGUUCCAAACAGAGAGCCAAACUGGAGUCUAAUUAAAAGCUCGGCCGUGCUCGAUUGGAGCGUCUCCUCUCCGUCCCUCUGCUCUUCCUCUGUAGUAGGAAGCCAUUGAAGCUCUACUCUCUCGACUGACCUUGAAAGAAGAAGAUCGGCUAGAUAGCUCGUUAGAGAAGAUUACUGAACCCUUGGCCCCAAGGUUGAGAAGGAAGAAGCAAAUACCAGGUUGAAGCAUCUCUGAUCUGGAUUCUCUCGCACAGGAAAGCCAAAGGGUGUCCAAGGCCAGCUUGCUCGCACCUCGGACUAAUCCCUAAAACCCUUCCCACAGCCCUUUUCACACUUACACGUGAAGGGAGGUGGCCCCAAGAGUUGCUAGCACGGAGAAUCUGAGACCUUAGGAAGAAGAAAAGCCCUAAGUUCCAGGCCAACCGUGUUUUCAUGGGUUUUCACAUGCUUUAGCCCCUAAAAUGAUGGCUGAUUUUCUAACUUCAACUCACCGUGCCAAGUGGAUCUUCUCUCCCCAAGAUCUGAAAGAAAAGUACAAAGCUGCUAAUCAAAGGGCAAGGCAAGCACUGGAAAAGUAUGGGGCAACAAGAAUGGAAGUAGAUAUUGACGGGUCUUGGUCGUACCCUGAACCUCAACCUGAUGCUAAAGAGAUUGUUGAGAAGCAUUCACGUCCUAAACCACUAAAGACUGAAGAAGAACAACUUCUGCGGACAUUCUAUGAGUUCAAAAUUCAAGAUGUAUGCGAUGCCUUCAAAUUUCCGCGUAAAAUACAGGCAACAGCUCUUAUAUACUUCAAACGAUUUUAUCUACAAUGGUCGGUUAUGGAGCAUCACCCUAAAGACAUUAUGUUAACAUGCAUAUAUGCAGCUUGUAAGGCUGAAGAAAAUCAUGUAUCAGCAGAAGAGCUUGGUAAGGCAAUUGAACAGGAUCAUCAAAUGAUCCUCAAUAAUGAGAUGAUUGUUCUUCAGAGUCUAGGUUUUGACCUCAUCGUUUAUGCACCAUAUCGUGCACUUGAUGGUUUUGUCAACGUUAUGGAGGAAUUUAUCGAAGCAAAUGAUGACCAACUUCAAACGCUAAAGGAUGUGCAUGAAAUUGCUAAGGUGGAAUCAGAUAAAAUCAUGCUUACAGAUGCUCCCCUUCUCUUCCCUCCUGGGCAGUUGGCAUUGGCUGCUUUGUACCGGGCGAAUGAGGUGCAUGGGCUUCUCGACUUUGAGAGAUACGUUGGGAGCCUUCUCUCUCGCCAGCAUGAUACACACUCCAUUUCAGAACUCACUGUUUCUAUGAAUGCCAUAAUCUCCUUGGUAAGUAAACUUGUGACCCUUACUGCUGCUGAUAUGAAGCACGUUGAUCGGAAGCUCAAAUUAUGCCGGGAUCCGAGCUCACAUGACAAGAGUAAGAAACGAAAGCACCGGUCCAAGGAGAGUUCAAGUGAAAUGCAUGCAUAAUUUGCACUGUUUGCUACGGUGGCUCGACAUAUACGUUUCACUACAAGAAUGUGGUUUUCAAAUUUGGGAAAUCUUCUUAAUUUGUUUUGAUUUUGAUGUGGUCCGUAGCAGUCAUACCACGCCGUACAUGACUUUAAAAAUUUGUGAGCGAGCGGUUAUUGAUUAGCUACGGUCCGUUGUAUACUUACGGUGAUUAUUAUGACAUGACUGACCUUGUAUUGUUGGAGGAAUCUUGCUGAGAAUAUCACAAUUACGAACGCAAGCGGACGAAAUUGAAUCCUCAAUUGUUUUUUUGACAAA